GGAAACAAGAUGGCUGUCACUAGUUACUGAAAUAUUUAUUCCUCUCCCCACGAAAAUUCAAUAAAACAAAACAACCCAAUUAUCAUCAGGUGUUUGAGCAAACGUUGGAAACCUGCAGUGCCUAUCCUAUCAAGUGUUCUCGACUCCUCUAACAAUCGAGGCCCCCCAUUCCCACCUCAGUGGUAAAACAAACGGGAUCAAACACCCAGUCGCUGGAUUAAGAAAAAAAAACACCUAUUUUUUGUAUUUUCUUUAUUAUGGAUUAUGAUAGCGCGUCACCGCCGUGCAGUGUGAAAGUGGCCAGUGGUGAAAAAUAAUGCACUCGAAUUGACCGUCUACAUGUGGUGUUUUGAUGCAGCUACUCCCCUAUUUUGUGUACAUAAAAUGAUAAGUGUAUACUCUGACAAAGCUGUAGUAGUAUAGCCCCACAAGUGCGAGAUAACCCGGACUCCUGGGGGAUCCCAAACGUCUAGAUGAGAGGGUCCAUGAAUAAUCAGUCGAUGUCGAGGUGAAAAAGGGCGAUAAAGGUGUGGCGGGAUUAAAGAAGAGGGAUGAAUGGAACGACAACACCGUUGCGCCGGGCCGUCGGUGCUGGUAAAGUUGGACAGGAACCACUGCCCGUUGCAACUCUAGUUGUCUACAAAGAUGAUGCUGGUUACGGAAUGAAAGUAUCUGGCGAUAAUCCUGUCUACGUCCAGUCAGUUAAAGAGGGUGGUGCUGCUGCUAGGGCUGGUCUCGUUGCCGGCGAUAGAAUACUCAAGGUGAAUGGAGUCAACGUUAUGCAGUCAGUGCACACGGACGUCGUCGAGUUGAUAAAGUCAUCGACGCAGGUGGUUUUGACGGUGCAGCCAGACCCAGUUCUUGCGACAUUGGCGAAUCAUCCAGUGAGGUCCACUGGGAUACACGAAGGACAGCAGAGGCCAACCAGCUUGACACCCUCUGGAUCAAUGGUGUCACCAUCGCAAUCAGCCACUUCGUUACAUCGUGCAGCCACUGCUCCCGCUGGUGGUGCACCUUGUUCCACUCGUAUCACUGGACCUCAGCCUGUUGAUCAUGAGAAAAAGAGGCAAAUGGAUGCUCAAAGGGUUAACACCUUCCAACUGAUGCUGGAGAAAGAGCAGAGCUACGUCGACAAGCUUCGAAGUGACUUGGCAAAGGCUGGAGUGAGUUCUGGAAAUACCUCGAGCAUUGUUAACCUGCAAUCAGAGUUGGCUGGGGCUGAACGAAGAGUUCGAAAGCUGCAGGAGGAAUUGGCAGCAAUGACACCCAGCGAUCAGCCUUGCUCGUUGGUAACAAAUGCUUCGUCUCCCCCUGGGCACUAUCCAGGCACAAUGGGUGGUGGUGGUGUCACUGGACAAACCAGUGAUGUACCACCACCAUUGCCAUCACGUAAAUCCCUGCCUGUCCAGAGUCUUUCCCCACCUCCAUUACCUCCACGACCUCCACCCACCUCAAAUACACAUAAUAUUAUACAGUCCGGACAGUUAGAGACGGAGCGACAUCUGCUGACUCAUUUAACGGCCCCAACCAUCAGUCACGGCAUCCCUAACUCUUUCUCCCAGGAGGCCCACCUGAGCUCCCCAACAGCCCUGAGCAAGCACCAGCGAACAAAGUCGUCGCCAGAGCAGCUGGGCACCUCGAUAUCCUCCUCAGAAGCAAGCAGAAGAUUGAUAGCCUCCGAAUCGAUGAGUGACCUCUCCCCCUACCGUCACACUCGUCACAGUGGUAUCGACCUGGACGAUCCAAUCCACAUAACGCCCCCAGGCACCCCACCCCCGCCCUACCCCCAGCCCCCUCAGAAUGCCGACCUCCUAUCGUCGACCCUGAACGACAGCAUCAUAAACGAGAGUUUCCCAACAGCCUCGCCUCCUCGUCAAGCCAGCACAGAGACCCCAGGACUUCCCACAAUCCAACAACCCAUAAUGUCGAUGGAGGACGACGACAUGAGUGACCAGGAGGUGGGCCAGCUGGAGGAUCACGGCCCCUUCAAGUCCCUGUCCCGCCUGUGGGAGCACCACGCUCACCUCUCGGUCUUCAUAAACUACGUACUAUCGAACAGCGAUCCCUCAGGUCUGCUGUUCUACCUAGUGACAGAUCUCUACAAAGAGGGAAACGCUAAAGAAAUGAAGAAAUGGGCUUACGAAAUUCACUCGAGUUUCCUGGUGCCAGGUGCCCCCCUUCGUCUCAACAAUGUAGACGAGAACAUUGCUCGUGAAAUUGACGAUGUCCUACUGAAAGAGUCGGACAAAGAGGAAAUACUUCGUAAAAUAUUCUGGAAGGCCAGGGCCAAGGCCAAGGAGGAGUUGAACGAACAGUUGGCUGAUUUUCAACAGAAACGUACAGCUGGAUUGGGCAUGCUAUUUGGACCAAGUGACAUACAGCUGGAUGAGAGUGAGUCUGAUAAAUCCAAAGAGGCUAAAAUCAUCGAGACUUUUCUUCUACCCAAAAUGGAGGGAUAUCUCGAGGAUAUCGAGAAGGACCAAGGGGAUCUACGUCAAUUCACCACUGCAGCUGGACUUGCAACAAUAUUGACGAAAAUAUUUCAAGUUAGAUGUGUUUCACUUGAUCGUGUACCAACAUUUGUGGCUAAGGACAAGUCGAAUAUCAAGGCGAGAUUACUUACAGCUAAAAAUCGAAAGAUGACGGUUAGAGGACAUCAUUUUGCUGCACAUCAGUAUUUUACAGUUACGUAUUGCAAUCAUUGCCAGUUAAUUAUUGGGGGCAUUGGCCCGCAGGGCUAUCAGUGCACUGAUUGUUCGUUGAGUGUUCAUCGUCCCUGUGUUAGGGUGGUGGAGGAGAAUUGUCCGGGACCAGUGGUUAGGAAGGAGAGGGCUAAUGAUGCUCUCAGUAAACUCAUGGAGAGAAUUUACAGACCUGAACGGAAACCUCCGUCGUCCCAUCAUUAUCAUCAGAAUCAGCUACAUUUGGUUGAACGCGCUAAGAGAGCGGAGGAGGAAGGCGCACUGAUAGAUGGUGAAAAUGGGGAACAUCGGGGUGUAGCGAGUGGCAAUACACGCAGCAGUGCGGAGAGAGGACGACUCUUUGGAUUCAACGAUCAUCCUGAUAACAUGGAUGAUCCUUUCCCGAGAGAAGAUAUUUCAGAAAUGGUGCAGCAGAAUAUCUCCAGCAAGCCAAAGACAUCGAACAUAAACAGAUCGGAGAGUUAUAAAGAACGUAUUCACAACAAGCGGCAACUGAGGGAGAAGCGAAAGACGAGUGAUCCUAAUCUGUCGAAAACCAAUAGGACUGGUUUCAGUGAUUGCGAGGCAUCAGGGGCAUUUCCAGGAAAUUCAGCGGGCAGCUCCUCGAACAGCAGUUUAUCAACGAGGAGUCUGGACAGUCCGAGCACGAGUCUGGAGCAGGUGCACUCAACAGCACCAGGCAACAAUAACACAUCAUCGUGGGACAGUGACGUGGAUGUUGAGCCAGAUCCACCUGACUGGAGCCAGGGGGUGUCUGAGGAAGUACUCGCACGUCUCAGUAAUUCCGAGAAGAAGAGACAAGAAGUUAUCAAUGAGCUAUUCCACACGGAGAGAUCGCACGUACGUGCCUUGAAAGUCCUCUCUUACGUCUUCCACAAGCCCCUCCUAGAGCACCAGGUCCUCCCAGUGGACCAGAUAGACCUCCUCUUCUCAAAUCUCGAUGAAAUGGUGACAAUUCAUUCCCGCUUCAACCAAGCAAUGAAACGCAAGAAGAAGGAGAAUCCUUGCGUUGGUGACGUUGGUGACCUGAUCCUGGACAUGUUCGACGGUGAGAAUGGCGAGGCCUUUGAGCAAGCAGCCUCCACCUAUUGCGCAAAGCAACAAGUAGCCCUGGACAAUUUGCGUGAUCGUCGACGCAAGGAUCAGAAGUUGAACUCAUUCCUGAGUGAAAUUGAAUCAAAUCCCAUGUGUCGUCGUCUUCAGCUCAAGGAUCACAUUGUCACAGGAAUGCUGCGACUGACAAAGUACCCAUUGCUCUUUGAAAAUCUAGCUAAAUACACACCAGAGAGCAGUGAGAGAGAGCGUGCAGCUGUGCUACGGGGACUCGAGAGGAGCAAAGAGAUCCUGAGUCUAGUUAAUCAAGCUGUGAGAGAAGCUGAAGACUGCCAACGCCUGACAGAGAUCCUCCGGAUGAUCGACAGAUCGGCCUUCGACAAAUUUGAUCAUCCAACGGUGCAGGAGUUCAAAAAUCUCGACAUAACAAAGAGAACACUGAUACACGAGGGUCCCCUCCAGUGGCGCAUCGUCAACCGACCAAAGCCAGUUGACCUGCACGUUGUCCUCCUGGACGACACAAUCCUCCUCCUCCACAGGCAGGACGAGAAGUACCUCCUGAAGUUUAUGAACACAAAUCAAGUGAACUCUGUUCUCAGUCCAAUUGUCAAGGUCUCCACUGUUCUGGUUCGCAACAAUGCUGUUGAUAAAAACUCCCUCUACCUGGUGAACACCUCCCAGAAGGGGGCGCAGAUCUACGACCUGGUGGCAGCAUCAUCCGCUGAAUGUAAAUUAUGGUGCAAGCACAUAUCAGAGGCUGCUGAUGCCUACAAUAAGGCCAGGAGUCGUGAGGGGAGGAGACCGUCAUCACCUCAGGCUUCGAUGAACAACAGCAGUGAGGAGACACCUGAGGGUAAUCCAGACAAACAGGACAACGAGAAUGAUAAUCAUUUGGAUAAGGAUAAGGGUGGUGACAAGGGCAAUGAGAGUGAACAAUAUUUAUUGGGUGAUAAUCGAGAUUCUAGUUCUAGUGUAAAUAAUUUGGGGGAUGGAGGAAAGGAGUCUGGGGGUUCUGAGGACUCUGGAAAAGCUGCUGGGGCCUCAACACCUGGAGAUGCCUCGGGGGGUCAGGAUAAUGCUGGAAAUAACUCUUCUGAAUCGACUAAUGCUGGGAUUGGGGAGACUAUGAGACUUGUUACGUGCACUCAGUGCUCGCUCAUUGAUCCCACUGAGGUGCAUGCUGAGGUGAGACCCAUUCAUGUGGCAGAGCCUGUGCUGACCCCCAUCGAGAGACUCAGGAGGAAGGAUCAGGUCAUUAGGGAGGCACUCGUUGAGAAGCAGUCGCUUGUAGCUGAUAUUCUGAAUAUUCCUAAGGAGGAUUUUGAGCAUGUGGCUGAUAUGGCGGACAUGGCGUCUGAGCACACAGCACUGGAGAAGGAGCCUGCUGAGGUGAUUCUGGUGGCUAUCAAUCAGGCCAAUCAGCUGAUCAGUCUCAUUAAUAUGGCACUGGUGGUCACUGAGUCGGAGGCUGUGCUUGCGGCUAAGGGCUCGAGUGGGGCUGCUCUGGGGUGUGGGGCUGCUGGCUGUCCAGUGCCCAGAAGUGGGGGGGAUGGUCUUCAACCGAGUGUUCCUGUUGCUGCUCUGCAACCUGUUUGUCAUUCUCUUAAUCUGCAAUUGUCUCAGCUAUUGGAAAUUGUUAAAGAGAGAGAAGGCGAACGAGAACGACUGCGAAAGGAGUUGCGUAGAAGUAGAGAACGUCUUCAUGCAUUUGACGUUGAUGCUCAAAAACGUGAGCCACCUCAAUCAGAUACAAAUACUAGCCAAACAUCCACCGAAUCACCUCCAUGCUCUUCGUCAGCAGAGGGUGGACCUGAGGAUUCCAUCAAGGAUGAGUUUGUGGAUGCCUGCGAGGAGAGCCUCCAGACUAAAUCAGAUGAAACUAAAGACACUGUCAAGACACAAGUGAUGGGUGACUGCGUAGGUUGAUGACUGAAUUAUUUUUCAGUCACAUAUUUAAUUAAUCAAAUAUAUCUUGGUGCAUUUUACUAGGGCGUUGAAACGUGGCUGCUCGCAUCGAAAACAAAUAAUAAAUCAGAUAAUCAAACGAGGAAGAAACAUUGGCCAUUGCCAGCUGUUCCAUAAGCUUAACGUUGUUCAAUAUUUCGCUUUACGCUGAAAACAAUUUUUCGAUGAGAAUUUAAUUUUUUAAUAAUGCCUUUACUCAGCGAUUUCAUGUACAUAGAAUUCGAUAUAUUUUUUUCGGUAAUUUUUUUUGUUCCAAUUUAUGACACAGUAUCACAUCAUGAAUGAUGAACAAUUUAUAUUAAUAUAUUUUCUUUUGUACUAACUGCGUAAUACGUAGGUUUUUAAUACGACAGAAUGAAUUGAAAAAAACAGUUUUUUCGAUGUUUUAUUGACAUUUGAAAUGAUGUGAUGCAGCUGAGAAAAUUAUAUUAAGUAUAAAAAUGAAUUUUGUACAGGAUAAUAAUUGAAUCAUGGAGUCAUACAAUUUGAGAUGAAACAUUUUUUACACUUGUAAUUUUUCUUUUUUUUUAAUUGAGGGGAGGGUGAAGGAGAAAGGAGGAUUUUUUGAAGGAUUAAGCAAUGUUUGACAUUAAAUUUCAUGAGAUUAUCUCUACCCUCUGUUUCUGAUCAGAGGCCCCAAUACCCUUCCCCCAUUUGGGAAUCUCGUAUACAACAGGUAUAAUUGGUAACGUAAUUGCAAUGGGAAAAAAACUAAUGAGAUAACGAUUGGCGACGGGGGAGUCAUCAACGUAUAUUGAAUCUCUGUCUUCAUUAAUUUACAAUUUAUUAUACGAAAUUAGUAAUGAGAUACCAUUAUUAUUAUAUAUACACUGUACAUGUAUAAAAUAUUUAAUAACAUUAUUAUUUACAAUUGUA